UUAUCAUUCUUCAACUACCCCCAUCUACUGUAUUUCCAAGAAAAGGCGCAUAUCUUAUCCAAGGAAGCAUUGUUACCUUACCUCUAUUCCCUAACAGCUAAUUGAGUGAUACUAUCGUCAAGAUGUCGAAGGCAAACGAAGGACUGAAAGAUCCUUACGAGGAGAUGGAGGGCUACGUUGGACCUACCCACUAUUCGAAGCCCUAUUUCUCUAACCAUCUCCACGAAACUCCGCCGUCACACCUUGAAAUGCUCGGGCAUGUGAACUGUGGCUACUUGUCUACCCCCUUCAAGCCACCAACGUUGGAAGCCCUAAAGCAGCAUGCCCAAUCUCUAACUUAUCUUAUAUCCACAAUUGCGCCAAGUACAUUUGGAGGCGAGAUCGACAACGCAAAUAAAGAAGAGAGAGAAACACUUGACUUUUUCAGAAAGAACGAGGCCUACGACUGGUUGGAUAACUUACAAGCCCCCUACCAGAACAUUGACCCGGCGCAUCAUAGACCACUUAACAGUCUAGUGAACUUGGUCAAAUCCAACAGUGAUGAAAAUGGCGUACUAUGGCAUUGCCCACUGGAAACUUCCCCGGAGAGUUUGAUCGAGGCGCACCCUGAAAACAUAUACCGCCCCUUUCAGACUCACCUAACAUUGCUCAUGCACGCGAACGAGUGUCUUGAGCGACUCGACCACGAGUACUCGGCCAUGGGCGGUCUCCUUGCCAUUCUCCCCACUGACAAGGAGCCAGUUUCCAAGCACCCGGAACUGGACAAGGCCAAAGAGACGUUGGUCGGGCAGUGGCUCCUGUACACGCAGCGCCUCGUAGCUCGUAUGCAUGAGCUCGAAAUUUCCUACGCCAACUCCUUGGAUCUCCUAGCGGGCGAGGCCAUCGUCCCAGCGCAGCACACCAGCUUCCACGGACCUGACGGACGGUCUGGUCGCGAAAUCGUGUUCCCGCAGGAUCGCUGGAUCUUAGCCAAUGCCGGAGAAGACGUUUUUGAGUUCGUCCACCAACUACUCGAUCGCCAGGAGUCGGAUGCGAACAAACGGGAUGCGGCAUGGGCCGGGCUUGGCUUGACGGGAGAUUCGCUAGUCGACGGGGGAGCCAGCGUGCGAGGAAUUGUUUCCGUGGACCUGUCGACUCGGUUCUACCGUCUCAAAGGCAGUGGCCACGGUCCCGUUUUCGUCCUUCCGGGCUUCGCGGACCGCCCUAGCACGCAGCAUACCAAGGAAAUGGAGAACAAACCUACUGUAGUCACGCUGACGCAGCCGUCCGAUCCGGGUCUAUACGGGACGUCUGCCUGGGACAGACGGGUCAAGGCUAAGGAGAGGGAGUGGCAGGAUCGGGGCUUCCAGGUCACCGAGCUCAGCAAGGAGAACCGGGAGCUUAAGACGUCGAACGAGGCGCAGGGUGAGGAAUUAACCCGAUUGCGACAUCUCAACAAGGUUUACGAAUCUAGCUAUGGCCAAUCGGAGCAAGAUGUCGCGCAGAUGAUAGCGGAUAUUGCGAAGGAGAGGGAUGAUAUCCGCAAGAAGUACGAUGCAGACGCUGGGAUACGCAACGAUUUGGCGAAGGAGCUCGCGAGGUACAAGGCGGCUGCCGCAGCGGACCAAGACAGGGAGCCUGCGAAGUUACCCGAGGUCAAGGAGGGAGAAGAGCAGAUUAUAAACAAGGCCACUUACGACGCCAUACAACAACAAGGGCAGGCCGUAGAUAUUGCGAAGUCUAAUAUACCAUUUGCCUGGUCUACGCUCGAAAGGCUUGCUAGGGAAAACCAUAUAGACUUAGAUGAUUUCUCCUGGAUGCAGGCAAUUGCGGGUCUCCCCUAAUGUACUUUAGAACUCGGUAGGGACGUGAUGGGAAUGGUGUAGAGUUGAUUGUUUGUUAGAGUAAAGACGUCGUGUAUUUGGAGAUAAUUUUUUUGUUGUUCGCAUCUAGGUAGUGAAAAGAAUAUGGAGUUGACCCCAUAAGGUAUCCUCUCACUACAUGCGCUUUGAGUAUUAAUAAUUCCAUUAAGGCAAUACUUGGUGUUGCGAUUCGCAAUUUAUUCUACUA